AUGGCGAUAGUCACCGGCGACAGGUACCUGGAAUCACUCGUCAAAUUCGUCGAAAAUCAGGCUGACAAGCUGAUCGAAGGGACGUUAGUGUUGAAAUUGAAUCCCGUGGGUCUGCGGUAUGUGCAGUCCAGGCUGGAGGCGCUGGCGGAGCUGGAGAGUCUCUUGGUCGGAGCUCCGGUGGACUAUCUGCGGGCGUACGUUUCCGAUUUGGGCGAUCACCGCGCGCUCGAACAGUUGCGGAGGAUUCUCCGCCUGCUCCCGUCGUUGAAGGUGGUCUCGGUGGUUCCGCCGCUGAGGAGGGACCCGACGCCAUUGUAUUUGCGGCCUUUUACGAGGUUGAAGGCUCUGGAACUCCGUGGAUGUGAUCUGUCGACAUCUACGGCCAAUGGUUUGCUUGAGUUGAGGUUCACACUUGAGAAGUUGAUAUGCCAUAACUCAACUUCUUUGCGGCUUCUUCCUGCGGUUGAAACUCUUGACCUGAGUAGGAACAAGUUUGCAAAGGUGGAUAACCUCAGGAAGUGCACGAAAUUGAAGCAUGUGGACUUGGGAUUUAAUAAUUUGAGAAGUAUCACAUCAUUUGGGGAGGUCUCCUGUCAGAUUGUAAAGCUUGUGCUGAGGAACAACGCAUUAACUUCAUUGCAUGGUCUUGAAAAUUUAAAGUCACUUCAAGGUGUUGAUCUGUCCUACAAUGUAAUAUCAAACUUUUCAGAAAUAGAGAUGGUUGCUGGUCUUCCUUCUCUCGUUAACUUGUGGUUAGAAGGAAAUCCUAUUUGCUAUGCUAGAUGGUUCCGUGCUCAAGUAUUCAGCCUUUUUUCUCAUCCGGAGCAACUCAAACUGGACGAGAAAAAUAUCUCAGUUUGUGAGUUUUGGAAGCGGCAAAUCAUUGUUGCAAGCAGGAAGAAGCAGCCUGCAAGCUUUGGAUUCUAUAUACCGCUACAAGAUGCUGAUGUGGAAGAAAGUAUAAACAAAAGAAAGAAGCGCAUUUCUCGCCUUGUCAGUAUUGAGAAUGACAACCAGAGCUUAUUAUGCUCCGACCAUGAUUCAGUGUCAUGUGAUAACGAGUUCCAUAGUAAAGAUGAGAAUGCCAAUACAAAUGAAGCAGCGGAAAUAGAAGAUUUGAUGAAAAAGAUUGAGUUUAUGAAGGACCAUUCUGUUCUAUGGUUGCAGGAAUUUAAAGAAUGGAUGAAUCAAGCAUCUGAAAAUUCUGUUGAUGGUAGUAAAUGGAAUGCCGUCUUAUACAGUGAUGAAGAAAUGCGUUUGAAGAGUGAGAUAAAAGAUGAAGAACUUGGUGAGACUUCAAGAUGUGUCUUCGACUCUUUUCAGCUUUCUGAAGAUGAAAGUAGCACAAUCGUUCUAGAAUCUGGGACCUCUUUUGCGGAUGCAUCCACUGUUGCCAGUGCCCAAAGGUACUUCGAUCAAAUUGGUGAAGCAGCUUCAAGACUUUUCAUGGGCAUUGCCGCAGGGGACCAGUCUUUUGCAAAAACUAAUAAUGUUAAUCAGGAAGAGUCUAGGUUAUUAAGCAAUGAUGGGAUUGUCUCUGCAGAUUCUGGGGAGUCACUCUUCAAUUCUCUUGCAGUCCCCAAUGUGGACAAUUUGACCAAAAAUGCAGUCUCCCCUUCAACUUCAUUGAAUGACAAUACUGAGUCCCAUUUAGCAUCAGUGUUCCCAAGGUCUCCACCUCAUUACCAAGAGGAUAUUUUACACCGGCGACGCAAUCUAGAGGAAGAAUUUUUGCAGCUAUCGGCUGAAUCUCUCUCAGUUGCUUCCACUGACAGCAAUACAAGUUAUAGCGAAGAUGAGUCUACAAAAGUUGGCCCUUCCACGACUCACAUUGAACAAUCGUUUCCUGAUAAUUCAUCAGAAAUGAAUCGUUAUGGUUUUAUUGUUGCACCAUACAGAUUCAACUCUGGUGAUGCUUAUCAUGAUAACAUUUUGUUGAAGAAGUUAAAUGGGACACGUACAUCAAGCAUCUGUGCCGAAGGAAAUACUGUCAGCACUGAUGGCAGAGAGUUAGAAAUAUCCGCUCUGUGUAAUGAUGUGAGUUCAGGGUUUAACAAGGAGAAAAAUGAUUGGUUAGACAAGACAAAAAGAAGAAAACCACCCAGGAGAAGAAUGAUAUCCUUACCAGAGGAGGAUGAUGUGCAAGGAGACACAGACUCAUCAAAGAAGUCAAGUGACCUUGUGGAGACCUAUCAAAGUGAUGUUGUACAUGAAGGCUAA